GGAUGGGCUGCGUGCCACUGGCUUUGUUCUGAUCGAUGCACUCUCCCAAGCCCAACAACAUUCGCAUCUCCUGGCAUGGCGCCGCCGCUCGCCGCCGUCCUCCGCCCUCACCUCUCCCGCCUCGGCCAAACCCUCUUGUCCCGUUUCCUUCGCCUCUCCACCUCCCACUGUCCCUCCGACCAGAGCGACUUCGAACCAGACCCCGACCACCCCAUCCCCUCCGCCCUCGACAAUGACGACGGUGAGCUCGUCUGCUUCCUCCACCGCCUCUCUAGCGCGGCCUCCAGCACCUCAUCCCCGAAGGAGGCCCUCUCCCUCCUCCUUUCCUUAUCCCCGGGCCCGUCGCCGGCCUCCCCCGCUCUCCUAGUCCGCGCGCUCUGGGAGCUUCGCCGCGACCCGGACACUGCCGCGCUAGCGCUCCGGUACGGAGACGAGUGCAGCGCCGUGGAUGGGGCCGAUGGGGCGGGUCUACCGCCGCCGGCCGACGCCUGGCACCUGGCCGUGUGGGCCGCGGGUAAGGCGCGGCGGUUCGACCUCGCGUGGGCGGUCGUGCGGCGGAUGCGGAACCGCGGUGUGCUCACUGGCCGCGCCAUGGUUAUCCUGAUGGAGAGGUAUGCAGCUGCCAAUGAAGUAAAUAAAGCAGUGAAAACAUUUGAUGUCAUGGAGAAGUUUAAAGUUGAAUCAGAUCAAAGUGUAUUCUACUCCCUUCUUCGUGCUCUUUGCAAAAGCAAAAACAUAGAGGAUGCUGAGGAGUUGCUUCUUCUGAGAAAGAAAUUCUUCCCACUUAGUGCAGAAGGUUUCAACAUAAUUCUAGAUGGUUGGUGUAAUGUAAUCACUGAUUUGGCUGAAGCAAAGAGAGUUUGGAGAGAAAUGUCAAAUCACUGCAUUACUCCUGAUGGCAUGUCCUAUACUCUCAUGAUCAGUUGUUUCUCAAAAGUAGGAAGCCUUUUUGAUACUCUAAGGGUUUAUGAUGAGAUGAAAAAGAGGGGAUGGAUUCCUGGUAUUGGUGUUUACAAUUCACUUGUCUAUGUUCUGACAAGAGAAAAUUGUGUGAAGGAUGCGCAUAAUAUAUUCAGCAAACUUACAGAUGAAGGCCUCCAGCCAGAUGUUGAAACAUAUAACAGUAUGAUAGUUCCACUCUGUGAAAGUUGUAAGCUUGAUGAAGCGCGAGUGGUGAUGGAAAGCAUGAUACUUAAGGGCAUUGUUCCUACCAUUUCGACUUACCAUGCAUUUUUGAAGCAAGAAGGCAUUGACGAAUCACUGAAGCUCCUGCAGAAAAUGAAGGAGGAUGGUUGUGGUCCUAAGAGUGAUACAUUUCUCAUGCUUUUUGAUAAAUUUUUCUUGCUGAAUGAGUCUGGGAAUGCUCUAAGAGUGUGGAAUGAAAUGAGAAAAUACAAGAUCAGCCCUGUCCGUUCACACUAUAUGACAGUGGUCGAAGGUUUAGUAAAGCAUGGAUGUAUACCAAGAGCUUUAGAGUACUAUGACGAAAUGAAGGAAAAAGGUUUUGCCUCUGAUACACAACUUGAUAAGGAAUUUAAAACCUUUUUGUUGAACAACAGAGACCACUGGAGAGGAGCAGGCAAAUACAAUAUCAUUCCCCAGCGUGGCAAACAUUUUGCGAAGCGGUCAAGAAUGUAAUAACAAAUGUGGUUAAAAAUCUGCUUCUAGUGCCUUUGUGAUAUGAGGACUAUUUCAACAAAGUUGAAUAUGGACCACAAUGUGAGGUACAUUUAGUUAACCUGUUUGUGAACCCUGACCAACGGCAAAAGAAGAAAAUCUGUGUGAAUCUAAUUGUAAAAGGAUAAUAAACAUGGCUGUAGCCUGUUUUUUCUGAAAUAGUUGAACUCAGUUGUGUGAUAUAAUGGUCAUGGGCCAUUGGAGUGCAUGUUUUGGUAAAAAUGUGUUAAUCUUGAUUGUCCUUCCAGGACUAAAUA